CCGGGGCCGGGUUGGGCCAGAGCAGCCGAAGAUGGCCGACUUCGAGGACCGGGUGUCGGAUGAAGAGAAGGUACGCAUAGCUGCUAAAUUCAUCACUCAUGCGCCCCCAGGGGAAUUUAAUGAAGUGUUCAAUGAUGUCCGGCUACUGCUUAAUAAUGACAAUCUCCUCAGGGAAGGGGCAGCACAUGCAUUUGCCCAGUAUAACAUGGAUCAGUUCACACCUGUGAAGAUAGAAGGAUAUGAAGAUCAGGUCUUAAUUACAGAACAUGGUGACCUGGGGAAUAGCAGAUUUUUAGAUCCAAGAAACAAAAUUUCCUUUAAGUUUGAUCACUUACGGAAAGAAGCAAGUGACCCCCAGCCAGAGGACGUAGAUGGAGGUCUGAAGUCUUGGAGAGAAUCCUGUGACAGUGCUCUAAGGACCUAUGUGAAAGAUCAUUAUUCCAAUGGCUUCUGUACUGUUUAUGCUAAAACUAUAGAUGGGCAACAGACCAUUAUUGCAUGUAUUGAAAGCCACCAGUUUCAGCCUAAAAACUUCUGGAAUGGUCGUUGGAGAUCAGAGUGGAAGUUCACCAUCACACCACCUACAGCCCAGGUGGUUGGAGUACUUAAGAUUCAGGUUCACUAUUAUGAAGAUGGCAAUGUUCAGUUGGUUAGUCAUAAAGAUGUACAGGAUUCAGUAACUGUUUCGAAUGAAGUCCAAACUGCCAAGGAGUUUAUUAAAAUCAUAGAGCAUGCAGAAAAUGAGUAUCAGACAGCAAUUAGUGAAAACUAUCAAACAAUGUCAGACACCACAUUCAAGGCCUUGCGCCGGCAGCUUCCGGUUACCCGCACCAAAAUCGACUGGAACAAGAUACUCAGCUACAAGAUUGGCAAAGAAAUGCAGAAUGCUUAAAGGCUGAAUGUAGGAUUCUUCAGUAUGUGGAAAGAAAGGAUUCAACAUGCGGUCAUAUGAUAAAUAAGUGAUUUAUAAACGAGAGUGAUAUUUUGCUAGGGCUUUCAGAGCUAACAGGUUUUCUAGCCUCAUGGAAUACUGUUGAACCUAUAGCAUCGUCUUGAUUCUUUUAUGUUCUCUGCCUUGUAAUUUUCUGUUUUCACUAUAUCUACUUGUAAAUUUUUUUUUUUUUUAAUUCUGCCACAUUUAAUGAUGGAGAGAGAGAGAGAUCUAUCCUGGAGUCAUUUUACUGUUUAGAAAAUUUUCCUAGCCAUGAAGCCCUGUUACUGAUAUAGACAGGUAAUAUGCUCAGUACUUUUCUACCCCUGUCCUUCAAAGCACUUCUGGUACUUCAGUGGUUUUUACUGAUCUACCAACAGCUAAAGAGGCUGUGCUACAAACUAGCUGAGUGGAAGACACAUUCAUCCUUCUCCCUCCAACUGCUUUGAUCAUCAUUUAUAGCAUCUCAUAACUGUAGUUUUCAAAAGUUUGGAUUGGGCUUUUCAGGUCCUUUUGUGGGGGCAAAGGAAGUUUUCUGGAAAUUCCAUUAUAGUCAGCUUCUCUGGGGAAGUUGUUUUUAAAUCCAAAGACUUGAACCACAUUCCCUGCACACGAACGUGUUUGCUUUUUUUCUUUUCCCUCAUUGUCUCCUUCCCAUCUAGUACCAUUAUAGUUACAAACAUCUGC